CCGGCGUCAAGCCCCCAACCGGAAACUGAACGUUUCGACCACGAUAGAGGGAUGCGCAUGGAAAGCGACACACCACAUCACCGGCAGGAGUUUAUUAAUUAUUGUGAUUACUAUCGUCUCUAGAAUUGAAUAGAGUAUGCUCUUUAUCGAGCCCUUCAUGCGGAAGAGGUGAGCCUGGUUGGUCACAGGGAUAUGGUAAUGUAUAGUGACUAGCGCUGGACACAGACAGCACUGGACAACAAGGAACAGCAGAUUUGCCUGUGAUGAGUUGCGAAGGCACUGGUUUGGGGGCCCUGGGCCCACUUGCAGGGUAUUGGGAAAAAAUCCAGGAGCGCUCAGCCUCGUUGGAGACCUGUCCAUGGUGUGCUGCUAAAGGGCAGACUCAGGCUCUGCGUUCCUAUAGGAUCAGCAUCCAGGAGGUCAUCACCCUCUGCACUGACCCYCAGUGCCUGUUUCCCCUGGUCUCCAGGCCUCUGGAAGAUGUCCUGGCCAGCCUCGUACCCCCUCUACCCCAGACGGGGAGGAAGAGGAAGAGUCCCAGUGUGUUGGAGAACGGAUACUCUGUACCUUCCCCCAAAAGCGCACGAUCAGAGGAGGCCGUGGCACAGAAUGAGAGUCGCCCAGUCGUCAGGAUCACCAGCACCAAACUCAAUGGGGAAGACUGCUUUAAUAAGACGAAGCACACAACGCCAGUACAGAAGGAGAGAAUCAGCCGAUCAGAACCCACAGACGUGGAGCCGGUGGAUAAAACCCUCAACUAUCCACUUCCUGAGACCGAGAGGGGAGGGGCCAAUGGAUACCACAAGGAUUCUGAUUGGCCGAUCCCAGAGGAAAUGGACCAGGAAGUCCUAGAUGAGGAUGAGGAGGGAGAAGAUGGUGACUUUCUCCCAGAGGAGGGUACACCUACUUUAGACAAGGGUUUGCCUCUCCCAGAGAAGACUGUACCUACGUCACAACUGGCAGUGUCUUUUGUAGACGCUGAGUCUGCACCAAAGGAGGUUAUCUGUCCCUUAGACAAGGCUGUAUUUGCCCUAGAGAAGACUUUAUCUGUCUCUCGGGUAGCUGUUUCUACCCCAGAGAAGAUUUUACCUCCCUUACACUUGGCUGUUUCUGCCUCAAAGAAGAAUGUGGCUGCGCUAGAGAAAGGCUUGGCCACACGCGUAACUGUACCUAAUUUACAGGACACCGUCCGUCUCCUAGAGGCUCUGAUUGCACCAGGGGAGGCUGUCUCUCUGCCAGAGGAGGCUCUACCUGUCCCAGGGGAGGCUGUCUCUCUGCNAGAGGAGGCUCUACCUGUCCCAGGGGAGGCUGUCUCUCUGCUAGAGGAGGCUCUACCUGUCCCAGGGGAGGCUGUCUCUGCCACGGAGACCAUCCUGGUCUUGCAGGAGGCUCUAACUGUCUUAGAAGAGGCUUCACCUGGCAUGAAGGAGAGUCUAAGUGUCUUACAGAAAGAGAAGGAGGAAGAUGAGGUUCUAAUCUCCUUGGAGAAGGAGGAAGAUGAGGUUCUAAUCUCCUUGGAAGAUGAGGUUCUAAUCUCCUUGGAGAAGGAGGAAGAUGAGGUUCUAAUCUCCUUGGAGGAGGAAGAUGUCGCUACACUUGUGGCCUUGGAGGCUGUGUCUAUACCUGCCGUGAUUGAGGUUGUCCCUGCUUUAGAGAAAGAUGAGGAGGAUCUGCCUGUCUUUGACGAGGAAGAGAAGAUACAGGAGGAAGAGUGCCCCCUACAGGAGGUGUGUAGACCUUGCAGUGUGGACCUCAGUCAGAGCAAAGUGUCUGAGGGUCACGUUGCAGGUGAUGAUGAAGAUGAUGGUCCUAUCAGAGCUAAAAGAAGAGCUCACAACGCCCGACAACUAAGCGACGAGGAACAGGAAGUAAGCGUCAAAGAGGAUGUGGAAGUCCUGACACCGCCGCCGAAAAAGAAAAGGGGCCGGCCAAGAAAGACUCAUAUUAUUAAAUACACGCAGGAAGUGUUGCCCGACUUUGACCCGGAAGUGAUCUCGACGGGGGAGUUGGUCCCAGUUCCCGGACCUCACCUGUUCUGGAAGAAUGAGCACAGUCUGGGUUGGCUGGACACCUUGCUGGUAGCGCUGGUCCACUGUCGCACCCUGAGGGACAGACGCCCCAUCAAGAGGCCCACUGUAGGUCAACCUGUCUGGGAUCUCUGUGAGAGGUACGACCGAGCCUGUAGUCUCAGCACAGCCUACCAACACACUGGCGCAGACGGUGUCGUCAGAGUGCCCUCUGCGGUGUUACAGAGACUGCAGACUGAGAUGCAGGCCAUCAGGACGCGGCCAUCUUUAAACUGCUGGAACCUCGACUGAAAUGUAAACUGGGUAAGAAUCUGCGUGCAUACGU